UCCUGAGACACAUUCAAUAAUCGCAAGCAUGACCAUGGGCAAGAUUAUCUUCUACGAGGAUAGGAACUUCCAGGGUCGUUCCUAUGAGACCUCCAGCGACUGUCCUGACAUGACCUCCUACCUGAGCAGGUGUCACUCCUGUAGGGUUGAGAGCGGCUGCUUCAUGGUCUACGAUCGUUCCAACUUCAUGGGAAACCAGUACUUUGUGAGAAGGGGAGAGUAUGGUGACUACCAGCGUAUGGGCAUGAGCGAUUGCAUCAGGUCUUGCCGUAACAUCCCCAUGCACAGAGGAAAUUUCAGGAUGAGGAUCUAUGAGAAGGAGAACUUCGGAGGCCAGAUGCACGAGCUGAGCGAUGACUGUGACUCCAUGACCGAACGCUUCCGCAUGAACGACAUGCAGUCCUGCCACGUGCUGGACGGCCACUGGCUGAUGUACGAGCAGCCCCACUACAGAGGCAGAAUGAUGUACAUGAGGCCUGGAGAGUACAGGAACAUGAGAGAAAUGAGCAUGCAUAUGAGCCCAAACCCCAUGAAGUUCAUGAGCAUGAGGCGUAUCCUGGAUUCUUGUUAUUAAAGGCAACUGACAAAAAUGUGACUAAAUAAAAUACCAUACACUGAUAUUAA